GGCGCGCGGCCCGCGGCGGUUGGCGGCUUGUGGGGCCGGCGGGCGGUUGCCGUGAGCAGGAGCAGAGCUUCGGCGCCGAGAGCCGGCGCCAUGGUGGAGAAGGAAGAGGCGGGCGGCGGUAUCAGCGAGGAGGAGGCGGCUCAGUAUGACCGGCAGAUCCGUCUCUGGGGAUUGGAGGCCCAGAAACGGCUGCGGGCCUCCCGGGUGCUUCUUGUUGGCAUGAAGGGACUCGGGGCUGAAAUCGCCAAGAAUCUCAUCCUGGCCGGAGUGAAAGGACUGACCAUGCUGGAUCACGAGCAGGUAUCUCCAGAAGACCCCGGAGCCCAGUUCCUGAUCCGUACUGGGUCUGUUGGCCGAAACAGGGCCGAAGCCUCUUUGGAGCGUGCACAGAAUCUCAACCCCAUGGUGGAUGUGAAGGUGGACACUGAGAAUAUAGAAAAGAAACCUGAGUCGUUUUUCACCCAAUUUGAUGCUGUAUGUCUGACUUGCUGCUCCAGGGAUAUAAUAGUUAAAGUUGACCAGAUCUGUCACAAAAAUAGCAUCAAGUUCUUUACGGGAGAUGUUUUUGGCUACCACGGAUACACAUUUGCCAAUCUCGGAGAGCAUGAAUUUGUAGAGGAGAAAACCAAAGUUGCCAAAGUUAGUCAAGGAGUAGAAGAUGGACCUGAUACCAAGAGAGCCAAACUUGAUUCAUCUGAGACAACCAUGGUCAAAAAGAAGGUGGUCUUCUGCUCCAUCAAAGAAGCGCUGGAAGUGGACUGGAGCAGUGAUAAAGCAAAGGCAGCUCUCAAGCGCACAACUCCGGAUUACUUCCUCCUUCAAGUGCUCCUGAAGUUCCGCACAGAUAAAGGAAGGGAUCCUAGUUCUGAUACCUUUGGGGAAGAUUCUGAGUUGUUGCUCCAGAUUCGAAACGAUGUGCUUGACUCCCUGGGUGUUAAUCCUGACCUGCUUCCCGAAGACUUUGUCAGGUACUGCUUCUCUGAGAUGGCCCCAGUGUGUGCAGUGGUUGGAGGGAUCCUGGCCCAGGAAAUUGUGAAGGCCCUGUCUCAAAGGGACCCUCCUCACAACAACUUCUUCUUCUUUGACGGCAUGAAGGGCAACGGGAUUGUGGAGUGCCUUGGCCCCAAGUGAAGCCGGGACUUGGCAGCCCCGGCGAUGCUGCCCCGCCGCAGGCCCACGCGUGAUCCUUGUCCCCCUUCCCCCGUGAAGGCCCUCUCCAGGCGAGGGAAAAGCGAAGUCACUGAACCGAUACAAACCGUUUCCCGUGAGCAGUGAGGUCGUGCAGAUGCGCUGCUUCUAAGCACCAGUGGCUGCUAAGCAAGGGGCGUAGGUCCUGACUGUCC